AUGGCGAAUCAGCGGGAGCAGCAGCAGGCCUCGCUGCCUCGGCCGCCGGUGCCGCGGAAGCCGCGGUCCAUGUCGGAGCUCUACGGAGGCAUGCGCUUCGACCCCAACGGCCGCUGCCUCGUCCGGACCUACCUCACCCCCAAGGCGAUCCGCGGCCGCCUCCCAAACGUCGAGAUCAAGGACGUCAUCCCCGACGACGUCGACGUGUACGGCACCCGCCCGGAGGCGCUCCCCUUCCACCGCUGCAACCGGGGCGCCAGCGGCAAGGUCUGGGGCCACUUCUUCACGACGCGGCCCGCGGCCGCGGCAUCGGGCGGCCCGGGCAGCUACGUCCGGGUCGUGCCGGGAGGGCUGUGGGUGCGCUACGACGAGGAGAAGGCGUACGCCGACGCGGGCGGGGACGUGCUCGGGUACCGGUGCCGCUUCGCGUUCCACGGCGAGGACGGCAAGCUGACGGCGUGGCGGAUGAAGGAGUUCCGCCUCAACGAGGGCGCCGCGGCCUACCGCGGCGUCGCGUUCCACCCCGUCGCCAAGGACUUGGUGGCGUGGAAGGUGUACAACGACGUGGAGGAGCCGCCGAGCGACGACGAGGGCGAGGACGAGGACGAGGAUGACGAAGCGGAGGAGAUGGAGGUGGACGAUCCGGUUGCCGCCGCUGCGUGCACGGAGGACGACCUGACACAGCGGCAGGACAAGAAGAAGAAACAGAAGCUGCAGUAG